AUGAGGGUAGCUCGCGGUAUGUACCGCAUGCUGCAGACAUGCGUCAUCGGUCUAACACUAUUCACGUUUACUCUGGCCUUGCCUUCACCCACCGAAAUACAGGAAACAGCUACAUCAGUUGAUGGAGUCCCCCGCCUGGAAGCUCGCGAGUCCAAGCCCUUUGCUCUCCGUAUCAUGCCUCUUGGGGCUUCCAUCACGACUGGCUUGAAGUCAAGUGAUAAGAAUGGAUACCGUAUCUGGAUCCGUGAACAGCUCCGGCACGCGGGAUGGGAUGUUAACAUGGUGGGGUCCCUGAAAAGUGGAACAAUGAGAGAUAAUGACAACGAGGGGUGGAGUGGAUGGGUCAUCGAUCAGGUCGCCCAAGAGGCCGAGAAGACAAUCCCGAAAGCCCCAAAUCUUAUUUUGAUCAAUGCUGGCACCAACGAUGCUGUGAGAGACCUGGACGUCGAUACGGCGGGAGAGCGCAUGAACGUGUUGCUCACGCGUUUGUAUGAAGGUAUACCGGGAACGACCAUCAUCCUCUCAACGUUGUUGUCCAAUGGAGAUCCCGAUGCUCAAGCCAACGUGGUGAAGAUCAACGCGCAAUACCGCAAUAUCGCAGCCGCGCGCCGAGAGAAUGGCGACAAGAUCGUUUUAGCUGAGAUGAGCGACUUUAUCACAGUCAGCGAGUUAGUCGAUGGGACUCAUCCGACGGACGCUGGAUACAAGAAAAUGGCAUCAGUCUGGUGGGCCGCCAUUCAAGAAGCGGAAUCGGCGAAAUUCUUGUCCAAGCCCAAGGAUAUCGGCGAAAGCGAUUGGGCGUAUACCACCUGUGAGAAGGAGUUUGGCUCCGGCAAUGCGGGUGGUAAAAUCAAGACCCAACGGGGCAGCGGCUGGGAUGAUGGCGACUACAAACAUAAUUCUCAGAGUAUGGGCCGUAUUAAGCAGAUUGGGGUUACGAGCACCGAGGAUGACACCCAUCCGGGUAUCAACUACGCGCAGUUAGUCAACCAAGGAGGUGCGCACCGCGAAGGGGCCCUCGAUGAGCUGGUAUGGACUCGAGAUGGAAAAGGAACGUGGAUGUACCCGAACAACGGCAAUGGCAACUUCGGGGAUCCUGUACAAAUUGAUGUCAAAGACAACUGUCUUGCGCGAGGUGUACGGUGGGGCGAUCUCAACAACGAUGGACUCGACGACUUCAUUUGCAUUAGUCGGGAGGGUGCUAUGUAUGCAUCCAUGAACCAAGGCGGAAGUCCUCCCCAGUUCAAGUACAUCGGCCUGGUCAGAUCGGCGCCGGGUGGCGGCCUAGCUCAGGCGAAUGUCCGACUUGGCGACAUUGACGGCGACGGCCGUGUUGAUUAUUGCCUGGUGAAGGGAAAUGGCGACAUCCAGUGCUGGAGAAACGGGGGUCAGAAAGACGCCCCAACAAAGGAAUUCAACGGAUACUGGCAGGACCUUGGCACAGUGUUUACCGGUAAAGGCAUGGGCAACAUCGCCGGCGUUCGUCUGGUUGAUAUCAAUGGUGAUUUCCGCGCUGACUGGCUCUGGCUCGAUGACAAGGGCAAGGUCACCACGUAUAUCAACCAGCGUGGGACAGGUAAAGGCAGCCUGGCUCCCGAUUGGCGUCGUAUUGGUGUUACUCAUGCUGGAAUGGAUAUUGAGGGUGCCAGGGAUCGCAUCAAGUUCGGCCAAGUCUACGCAAAGGGAGGCGCCGACUACGUCUGGGUUCAGUCUAUCAAGAAUGCCGAUACGUAUAACCACUAUACAACUGCGUGGAAGAAUAUUGGAAGCGGGGGGACUACACUGAAAGCCGAUGGCGACUUCUACUGCGACUGGCGUGGCACUGGUGCCGAUGACUAUAUCUGGAUCUCACCAACCGGUCGAGCCCUGCUCUAUGGCAACGUUCAUAAGCCUCCAACUUGGGUGCCUGAGGGACCGGAAAUAUUCAACCUGGGUCGGGAUCGCAAAGGCAUUCAUCUAGCAGACUUCGAUGGUGAUGGCAAGUGCGAUGUUUGGGCCGUAAAUCGUGAAACUGGUGCCGCCGAGGUUUGGAUUAACCACUGGAAUGAGGACACCAGCAGCGGCUUUUUGGACUACCGAGGCGUUGUCACUGGAGAUGUCAAAUGUACCGAAGGAUGGGGAGUCGGAUAUCGUGACAUCGGUGUGCGGAUGGCUGAUCUGGAUGGUGACCGACGCGCAGAUUACCUGUGCAUGGAACCCAAUGGAAGAACGGUUGGAUGGUUAAACAAAGGCGAGAAUAAGUUUGAAGCGAAGAAUCAGGUCAAACGCACCCACGGAUAUGAUCGUGCCAACCAUGUUUGGGCCGAUGUAGAUGGCGACGGUCUGGUCGACUUCCUCUGGGUUGAUAAAUUCAAUGGGAACACCAAAGUCUGGAUCAACAAAGGUCCCAUUCCUACCGCCGGCUCCAGCUGGAAGUGGGAAUUGCUGGACGGUCCUCGAUAUCAAGGCUCGGAUCGUGGGGCCAACUUGUACUUCCCAAACCUCGGAGGACUGGGCCGGGCUGAUAUGCACAAUGUCAUUCCCCGAACUAAUAUCGCCUACACCUGGUUCAACACCUGCCCCGGCAGUGAUAAUACCGCAGCGGAUGAUGUCGACCCAUCAAUAGACCCUGGCUUACCACCAUACACGGCACCGGAUCAGCCUACGCCUACAGGCACGCCGCCUGUCAGUCCGAGUCCGACUGGAAUCCCCAUUGGCGAAGCCCCUGAUGGCUACUAUGAGCAUUGGCCAUUGGACGAUACGGAUCGCAUAGAUUCAGUCUGCAAUCACCUCGAUGAACUCGAUAAAAACCUCUGGAACGAGCAUGACAUAGGCAGUUGGUUGACUACUACUGCCGGUUGGUACCAGAAGCUUGCCCUCAACUCAGACUUGAAUCUGGAUCCCGAUGAUCCUUUCGAGUGGCCUGGUGGGCUUGCCGAUGCGCUUGCAAAAUAUAACGGCAGCAGAGAAGAAGUCCCUGCUCCAUACGCAUGGAAAUGUGUCAAUGUCCGUGCAGAUUGUGAGGUGGAGCAUCUCGGAGAUGUUGAUCCUUGCAAGCAGGGUCGGAUGUACCGGGUCCAAGCUCUGACUGCAGUCCAUAACUUGGCGCAAUUUUUGAAGGUGAUGUAUAGUAUGAUGGCAGAAAUCUGGAGGGAUGUCGGCUUCGAGAACGCAGACCUGGUUCUCCGGUACUCCCACAAAGGGGAUGAUAACACCGCGUUUGGAGAGGAUGCGGGCAUGACCAUUGGCGCAGGGUUUGCCAGUAUCAUCGGGGCUUUCUUUUUGGAGUCCAUGGCUGGCGUCGCCGCAGGGGCGAUGACCAUUGGAGCCGGCGCUGUGGGCGCCCUGGGUGGACCAACCCCAGCCGACCUGAAGUUUAACACGUAUGCAGAUCUCGGCAGGAAGUCGGCGGAUAUGCACGACGCUAUCACGAAGAGUUUGGACACGUUCUUCAACAGUCUAUUUUUCAAAAAGCCCCCUACGGAUCCCAACUGGGUCACCAGCCCUGCUGCCCUCCCACGCAUACUCAAUACGGGCAAUUUUGCCUCCCAGAAAAGUGUCGUUGCCCCCACUGAUGAUGAGACGAGGAAGUAUUCCAUGGUUCCGGAAAAGGAUGGGCUGGUGAAGUAUGUCGUCGCGCCACUGCUCAACCUGCUCUGGGAAAAGGACCGGUAUUAUAUUGUCCGGAUCGACAACAAUUCCAUUCGCAGCUCCGACGGCAGAAAGUAUCACCCCUGCGACGAGAACGGAAACAUGGUCGAAAACAGGGAUACUACCGAUCGGAAAUAUUGCAAUCCAGACGGUACGGCCUUUUUCUGGUACGGUCUAGGGAUCAAGGAGCAAGUCCCAAAAGGGAUGGACACAUUACAAGAUGACUAUGGGUUCAACGGAUACGACGUUAUCCGAUCUUCCUAUCUUGUUCAACGCACGACAAACGAAUGGCAGUCCAAAGUGAACACAGACUCUUACUUCAGCUGGGUGCCCCAGACAUCCGGUGCCGAUAUCCCAGCCUGGCAAAUGAUGCGAUGGAACUUGCCAGUUUGUGACCUUGCAGAGUAUGGGGUGCCAGAAGACUGUGGCUCUGGGCUUUUGUGGAGUGUGUGCAUGAGUGAGGCUAUCAGAAACGUGUGUGGGAGGAGAGCUGGGUGGCCAGAGGAUUAUGAGUUCGUCAAUGGUAUCAGCGGUCCCAUACCACAUGAAGAGGAAGGAACACCUUAUUCCGAGCCUCUGUCAGCUGCUGAAGCAGUCCAAUUGCUUCUGGGCUAA